AGCAGCCGCAACAGCGCAGCGCCCGGGCCGAGUCGGCAUCAGCUGGGGACGGAGCGCGGGGGCUACGACGACAGCAGGAAAUAGCUCCUCAAAAUGGAGGACGGGAAGCCUGUGUGGGCUCCGCACCCAACAGAUGGGUUUCAGAUGGGAGCUAUUGUGGAUAUUGGACCUGACUGCUUAACUAUUGAACCUAUAAAUCAAAAAGGCAAGACCUUUCUCGCUGCUAUCAACCAAGUAUUUCCUGCAGAGGAAGACAGUAAGAAGGAUGUGGAGGAUAACUGCUCGCUUAUGUAUUUAAAUGAAGCCACACUCUUACACAAUGUAAAGGUUCGAUACAGUAAGGACAGAAUUUAUACGUAUGUAGCCAACAUCUUGAUAGCAGUGAACCCUUACUUUGAUAUACCUAGACUUUAUUCAUCAGAUUUUGUUAAAAAAUAUCAGGGUAGAUCACUUGGGACACUACCACCACAUGUCUAUGCAAUUGCCGAUAAAGCAUUUCGCGACAUGAAAGUACUCAAGAUGAGUCAGUCGAUCAUUGUGUCUGGAGAGUCAGGAGCUGGCAAGACAGAAAACACUAAAUUUGUUUUACGAUAUUUGACUGAAUCCUAUGGUAGUGGGCAAGAUAUUGAUGACAGAAUUGUAGAAGCUAAUCCACUUUUAGAAGCAUUUGGAAAUGCGAAGACUGUUCGUAACAACAAUAGUAGUCGAUUUGGAAAAUUUGUAGAGAUCCAUUUCAAUGAAAAGAAUUCAGUGGUUGGUGGAUUUGUGUCACAUUAUCUGCUGGAGAAGUCCAGGAUCUGUGUUCAAGGCAAAGAAGAAAGGAAUUAUCAUAUCUUCUACAGGCUGUGUGCUGGAGCUCCUGAAGAAAUAAGAGAAAAAUUGUAUUUAAGUUCACCAGACAAUUUUAGGUAUUUAAAUCGUGGCUGCACUCAAUACUUUGCAACCAAAGAAACCGAUAAGCAAAUUUUACAGAAUCGCAAAAGUCCUGAGUACAUGAAAUCAGGCUCUCUGAAGGAUCCUCUGCUAGAUGACCAUGGAGACUUCAACAGAAUGUGCACUGCAAUGAAGAAGAUUGGCUUAGAUGAUGGAGAGAAGCUGGAUCUCUUCCGAGUGGUGGCUGGCGUCCUACACCUUGGAAAUAUUAAUUUUGAAGAAGCUGGCAGCACGUCUGGUGGAUGCACACUGAAGAAUAAGUCUACCCAGUCCCUAGAAUACUGUGCAGAGCUGCUUGGUUUGGACCAGGAUGAUUUGCGUGUGAGCUUAACUACCAGAGUCAUGCUGACAACGGCAGGGGGCACCAAAGGAACGGUUAUAAAGGUACCGUUGAAAGUAGAACAGGCGAACAACGCACGUGACGCUUUAGCAAAAACGGUCUAUAGCCACCUCUUUGACCAUGUAGUAAACAGGGUAAACCAGUGUUUUCCCUUUGAGACGUCAUCUUUUUUUAUUGGAGUUCUGGAUAUUGCAGGUUUUGAGUAUUUUGAACAUAACAGCUUUGAACAGUUUUGCAUUAACUAUUGUAAUGAGAAGCUGCAGCAGUUCUUUAAUGAAAGGAUUCUGAAAGAGGAGCAAGAACUUUACCAGAAAGAAGAUUUAGGCGUCAAUGAAGUACACUACGUGGAUAACCAAGACUGUAUAGAUUUGAUUGAAGGAAAAUUAGUAGGCGUUCUUGAUAUUUUGGAUGAAGAAAAUCGCCUUCCUCAGCCAAGUGAUCAGCACUUUACUUCAAUGGUACACCAGAAGCACAAAGAUCACUUCAGGCUCUCAAUACCCAGGAAGUCUAAACUGGCUGUUCACAGAAAUGUCCGAGAUGAUGAGGGCUUUAUUAUCAGACAUUUUGCUGGAGCAGUAUGCUAUGAGACGACCCAGUUUGUGGAGAAAAACAACGAUGCUCUGCACAUGUCUCUGGAGUCCCUGAUAUGUGAAUCCAAAGAUAAAUUUAUCCGGCAGCUCUUUGAAUCCAACACUAACAACAACAAGGACCAUAAACAAAAAGCAGGAAAACUCAGCUUCAUCAGUGUCGGAAACAAAUUCAAGACUCAGCUAAACCUGCUGCUGGAAAAGCUCCGUAGUACUGGGUCUAGCUUUAUUCGCUGUAUCAAACCUAAUUUGAAGAUGACAAGCCACAAUUUUGAAGGUGCCCAGAUCCUUUCUCAGCUCCAGUGUUCAGGCAUGGUGUCUGUCUUGGAUCUGAUGCAAGGUGGCUUCCCGUCACGAGCUUCGUUCCAUGAGCUAUAUAAUAUGUACAAAAAGUAUAUGCCUGCAAAGCUGACCCGUUUGGAUCCUAGACUCUUCUGCAAGGCACUCUUCAAAGCACUUGGGUUAAAUGAAAAUGAUUAUAAAUUUGGAUUAACCAAAGUGUUCUUUAGACCUGGCAAGUUUGCAGAGUUUGAUCAGAUUAUGAAGUCUGACCCAGAUCAUCUUGCUGAGCUGGUUAAACGCGUGAACCACUGGCUUAUCUGCAGUCGCUGGAAGAAGGUUCAGUGGUGUUCUCUGUCAGUUAUUAAAUUGAAAAACAAAAUAAAAUACAGAGCCAGUGCCUGCAUUAAAGUACAAAAGACGAUUCGGAUGUGGCUGUGCAAGAGAAAGCAUAAACCACGCAUAGAUGGCCUUAUAAAGGUUCGCACACUGAAGACAAGGAUUAAUAAAUUCAAUGAAGUAGUAAGUGCUCUUAAAGAGGGGAAGACAGAAAUGAACAAACAGGUCAAGGACCUUGAAAUGUCUAUUGAUUCUUUGAUGACCAAGAUCAAGGCCACUGUAAUGCCUAGGCAGCAGAUACAAAGGGAGUACGAUGCUCUAGUUAAAAGCUCAGAACAGCUUCUGAGUUCUCUACAGAAAAGAAAGCAACAGGAAGAGGAAGCGGAAAGGCUGCGACGUAUCCAGGAGGAAAUGGAAAAAGAAAGGAAGAGGCGCGAGGAAGAGGAGCAACGUCGGAAGAAGGAAGAGGAGGAAAGGCGACUAAAGUAUGAGAUUGAAGCGAAAAGAAAACAGGAAGAAGAGGAGAGGAGAAAAAGGGAAGAGGAAGAAAAACGAAUUCAGGCUGAAGUUGAGGUACAGUUGGCAAGAGAGCGUGAAGAAGCAAACCAGCAGCAGGCAGUUCUGGAACAAGAACGCCGAGAUCACGAGCUGGCCAUGAGAAUUGCUCAAAGUGAAUCGGAACUCAUAACUGAUGAAUCUCAGCUUGAUCCAGGAUUGCGCAGACCCAAUGGACCAAGGUGUCAAAUGACAGCGGAACAAAUGGCCAAAGAAAUGUCAGAAAUGUUGUCUAGGGGACCUUCGGUUCAAGCCACCAAAGCUGCAGCUGGCACUAAAAAACAUGACCUUAGUAAGUGGAAGUACGCAGAGCUACGUGAUACAAUCAAUACCUCUUGUGAUAUUGAACUGCUGGCAGCUUGCAGGGAAGAGUUUCACAGGCGGCUAAAAGUUUACCAUGCUUGGAAGUCCAAGAAUAAGAAACGUAAUACAGAAACGGAACAGCGUGCUCCCAAAUCAGUGACUGAUUAUGAUUUUGCACCAUUUAUGAACAACUCAACUCAACAGAAUCCAACCAGUCAAUUGUCUGCUAGGCAGCAGCAGGAGAUGGAAGUGAAUCGGCAACAGCGUUACUUCCGUAUCCCCUUCAUCCGCCCAGCAGAUCAAUACAAGGAUCCCCAGAACAAGAAGAAAGGAUGGUGGUAUGCACACUUUGAUGGACCAUGGAUUGCUCGUCAGAUGGAACUUCAUCCUGAUAAACCACCCAUCUUGCUAGUGGCUGGCAAGGACGACAUGGAGAUGUGUGAGCUGAAUCUUGAAGAGACUGGCUUGACGCGUAAGCGUGGUGCUGAAAUUUUGCCGAAGCAGUUUGAAGAGAUUUGGGAGCGCUGUGGGGGGAUCCAGUAUCUUCAAAAGGCAAUUGAGAGCAAGCAGGCUCGGCCUACUUAUGCAACUGCUAUGCUGCAGAACCUGUUGAAAUAAAUACGCCCUUUUCACAUUCAGCGGUGUUUUGAGAGCAUCUCCUACCUUAACAAUAAAGGGAAAAAGAUCCUCUGAGUAAACAGAGGGCACUUAAACAUUCCAUAAUCGUAUAGAGAUGUUUAAUAUAAAGUAAACAGAUUUUAUUAAUGUGGCAGUUUUUAAAUUGUACUUCCUAUGUUUGUGUAGUGAAUUCAACUAGUUCUGUGGCUUUAAGCAUUUGUUUCAGUCAAGUAUGUGGUUUGCUUUUGUUCAUACAUUGACUCUUACAUAUAGCAUCUGUUGUAACACUAAUAAUACUGCAGUGUAAAAUUACACACUACCGGGAUCUAAGCAUUUCCUCUUCUUCUUACAGUGUACUUUAUUUGUAAUAUGUUAGUUCCGUCACGGUAGCGUAGCAUCAAGAGUACACUACAUCUUCUAACUGGAAUUGUGAGGCCUUAAUGUUAACUUCUUUUAUACAGAAGUUAAAGCAACUUUUAUAAGAUGAAAAACUUUUGUGUGCGGAUUCUGAAAGCUGCUCGACAUCUAUAUAUAGAUUUAUGAAAAGGCAUUUUGGGAAAAUGUGUCUUAGGUAGAUUACAGGGAUUCAAAUAUUGAGAACAGGAUAAUUGUGUCUGAAGUACUUUAGCCAUGGAGAUACAUUUUAGUGCACAGUGAAGCAUUUAUGUUUGUGUGUGUGUGUGUUGCUUUUUAAACAACUUUUUAUUUUUACAAUGCAAAUUUCUUCAGGCAAUUCAGUUUUAUUUUUCUCUCAUCACUUUCUUUGAAAUCCUUUCUUAGAUGGAUGAAGUUAAAUAUAUUUCACAAAUAUGACCCAAGAUAUAUCUCUAGUAAUGUUUAGGACUGAGAGCAAAAAGGGAAAUGGAUUCUGUUUUUCAAGUCUAAUUGGAGUAUUGCAAGCUGAAUUUUGUACUUUCUUUGUACUUCACUGAAAUGCACAUGAAUUAGGUGGCUUCUGUCAAAAUUUUCCAGACUCUUGAUGAGUCUCACAGCACUGGAAUGUCUAAUUACGAUAUGCCCCUUCAAAUGGCUUAACUUCAUAGUGUUAAGGUAAUAAACUUUUUCUUCUAAUCUUAUAGAUCUUUUUGUAGCUAAUCUCCCAAUACCAGGCUUUGUGGAUUCCUUUCUUUGCCACAGUACCCUUGAUGGUAAUUAAUUUGUUUAUGUAUAACAAUUACUUGUUUCACACAGAUUUAAGUUGCCUUUUGUUGAUGUUGCUGGAUAGCCCUAUUGCUGGCUAAUAUCAACAGAUUAAACCUUGGUAUUAUCUUAGUGUUAAGAGAUUUGAGGAAAUUAAAAAAAUGCCUGGUUAUAAAAACAGUAACUACAGAUUGCACUUGGGGAAACUUUCUUUUCUUUAUUACAUUAAAAAAGCUAAUUAUAUUUCUGGGCUCUAAUUUUUAAAUCUUCAAAUGUACUUUCUUAAUACAGCAUUAUCACUGCCUUCUGUCACAGCAUGGCUCGCAGAAAAAUUCUCCAAGUUGUUGGAACUGUAAAAGUAAAGAGCUACAUGCCCCUAUGUCUGUUUCCUUUUGGCUGAGGUGGGCAGGCACAACAAUUCAGCAAAUUUAUAUACUUCCAAUAUUAAGAGAUGUCCUAAAACUUUGUAGGCUGUUGAAAACUGCUAUUUCUUUCCAUCAUCACGUAAUCUACAAAAUCGUUUUCGUGAUCCAAGUACGCCAACCCACUGAAUAGAUGGUUGGCAUGGUCAUCUUUGGCACUCUUGAGCUAAAUUAAGUUUCUCCCAACCUCAACAGUUGAUUUCCAGUAUCAAAGCUGUCUACACUAAAAAUCCAUCAGAGGUUGCAUUUGCAGCCUUGAUCCAGCACUGAGAAACAUCUAGUGUUUUCUUCUACAAGCAGAAAGCACUUCUGCACGCUCAACUAGGGUCCUUUGGUUUAUUCCCGUUCCUGCUCCCUGAGCUGCAGCCUCUUGCACUGCACGAUAUGCCAUUCCAGAGGCUCCCUUGAUCUCCAGGAAAUGUUUUUAAGACACAAGGGGAAGCAGUGAGGAUGUGCAAACACAGUUGUGUGAAUGUAACUAUGCUUGCAGUUCUUGGGAUCCAAGUUCAUGGGUUCUGAAUGUAGGGAUCUGGCAACAGGAAGCAGAAACUGUGCAUUUUUGCACGUAUAGGGCUUGAUCCAGGGGCCAAUCUGUCUCUAGAAGCCCUUCUUCAGGACUCGUGAGAAUCCUCUAAUCAAGGUGAUAUAUUGUACACGGUGACUAUGUUCUAGUAAAUAUAACUUAAUGACAUGGAAAAGUUGUUGAGCUGAGGCAGGCAAACCUUUUGCAACUGGUUUGCAACUCUGGUGAUGGGUCAGGGUUGCAAGCCAAUGAUGGACAUAGCUGAAGGUGGUAGUGGGCAGUUCCUGGGCUGGCAAUUGGAAUGGCCACAGUCAACAUCUUCUCCCUCCCUCUCCCCCACUCUCUCUCUUUCACACACGCCUUAUCCCCACAUCUAGUCAGAUACACAUUGACAGCCACACAUGCCUUCUCUCCCCCCAUCUUUCAACCUACCCUCCCUGUGCUCUGAGAUCCCAUCACAUUAAAUUGCCACUCCUGCCCAACAGCUGUUCAGAGGGCUGGGGAGUGCAAUUUUGAUGAGGCAGUAUUUUGAUGAGGCCACCUUUGUGUGCCAUCCUCCCCCUAACAACCACACUGCUCUGGGCUGUGGAGAGUGCAGUUUCUGGGGAAGUAUGGUCUGUGGGAUGAUGCUCCCAGGGCACAAUCCUGCUCCCCCUCCCCGCAGUUUGCUGAGCAUUUGAGGGCUGCAGGUAAUGAACCAAGCCUUUUAGUGACAAGAUGAUAGGCUCUGAGAUAGAUGCAGGUUUAUUUUGAAUUCUUGAAGGGUUCUUUCUCUGCCAACUGCUCAGAUGUUUGCUUACCCCUUUUCAUGCCUUAUGUUAAUUAAUCCACAUGCCUUUCACUAAUAUGUUCAGGACUGUCUCAGCAGGGUUUGUUUUUGCACUGGAAUGCAGGCUGCAAAUCUGAUUGGGGAAGGGGUGAGGGGGUGAAGAUUGCUUAACCUCUUCUUUGCAGAUUGUCUCACCCAAUAAAAUUGUCUUUCCUAAGCUGCUUUUCUCCCAGUUGGGGAAUGAUGCAGAGUCCUCCUAUUUUCUGUGGAGGUUGGGAAUGCAGCAAGAAGGGCAAUUCUGAUUGGAAAAGUGGCCUUCAGAGAGAAAGGUUUAGCAACUUCUCCCACCAUUGCUGCCCUAAACUUGCAGUCCUGUACACCUGCUGAAUGAGAGCCUAUGACCGUCACUUUAAAUGGUAUUAAUAUGACACUUUACUGGUACUAUUUGUAUUCAUAUUAAUAUGACACUUUGCUAGUAAACUGGCUUGCUCUAGAUUCAAUUGAUUUUGUAUGGAUUUGUUACAUCACUUGGCUAGCAUAACUAUUUGUAUGGUGAUAAGAUUUAAGGAAAGUGGGGAGGGGUUGUCAAUGAGGACUUGAUUGACUGGAUGUUACUCCAUGAGAUUUUUGCUUCACUCAAUACUCUGUUAAGAGGGAGGCACAUUCCUAAUUUUAACAUGCUGCCUCUCUUGCCAUCUUCCUUAUCCUCCCAAACUGUUUUUUGGGAUGAACAGCAGCAUGCAUAAUUGGAAACGUUGCUUCAGUCUGUGGGUGAAUUCCAGUUGACUCCUACCACUCACUAUCAUUGGCCUGUGUGUAUGAAUGCACUCAUCACAUCAAGUGAUAAAUGUCACGUUUGUAAAAAGUGCAUCUUUUAAAAUCCUUUCUGGGUUAUGAUUCAUGUGUAUGACUUUUAAUCAAGGGAGAAACUAAGAUGCAAUGCAUUACAUCAAUUAGGAACAUGCAAUGUUCCUAAUUGAUGUAAUGCAUUUGUAUCUGGGAAUCUUGAGCCUAUGAACAAAAUGCAUCCUAGGAAAUGGUAAUCAAAUAAACAACCCAAUGUGAUGCCAUAUUCAUUUGGUAGUUAGUUGGGUUGGUAAAUAUCAGCAUGAAAAUUAAUAGGAUUUUUUUUUCACUCUCAAGAGAAGUUAAGCUAUCUGUUACAACGAGGAAGUGUUUCCUGCUCUUUUCUUAUUCAUGAUCUUUCUGAUGUGGAAACCCCAGGAAGACUGACUUACAUACAUCCCUUGAUGUACCUGAACGUGUGACACAUUUUGUUUGAGGGGUUGUGAUGUGAUGACGAAGUUCUCCUUGUAGUGUUUGAUCUGUGAUGACUGUUUUACAUGUUUUGGAUGCAGUUAUUGGGCGAUGAAAAUGUAGGUGUGAACCUACCCUAAGUCUCAGGAUAUAGCAAUCCAAGUCACAUGACCAAGAAUAAGUUGUCCUUCAGAAAACAGCACAAUGUCACUAACAUUCCAUUGGAAAUUUGCUCAUCUUCUGUAGUUGUAUCUAUUUUAUCUCCAACUUAUUUCUCCCUAAACUGUUUAAAGUAGUUUGUCAAAUAACCUUAAUUAUGUACUGAAAAUAGCAGCGAAAUAAAUCCACUCUGUUCAUCUCCCUGGAAUAUUACUUAUUUAAGAGAGAAUGAGAAUGACUGAGAGGUCUUGAAACUUGCAUUUGCUUUUACAAUUUGAAGUACUAGCUAACCAAAUAAAUGGAGAAUACUGGCUUCUAAAAAAACCUGUUUCAUAAAUUGGUUUACAACAGUAUACUAAAUUGGAAAUGAAAUAUUUCAGCACUAAUGGGAUUUUGGGGAGAGUUGCCCUUCUCACUUUCAGACUUUUCCUUUAAACCGGGUUUUGUCUCAAAUAUUUUAAAGCAAGUCAUAACACAGGUUUUCCAUGAUCCAACUAAAGAUGAUUCUGAUGCAAGCAACUUUGAAACGAAUGAAG